AUGGCAGAGAAAGACGGUCUCGAAGACCGCGGCCCUAAACCCCUACCCUUAUAUCGACUGGUGAUCGACCAAGCUCGCCUGACGCCAGAAGUGAUCAAUUAUCCAUACCGUGGCGCAGGAACCCAUGAAGACCCCUAUAUUGUGACAUACAUUCCCAAUGACCCGGGUAAUCCAUUUACAUGGACAAGUACCAUGCGGUGGGUGAUCAGUUGGAUUGUGUCUGCGGAGAUCCUGGCGUCGGCGUUCGCAUCCAGUGCUUUCAGCGGCACGAUUCGAGAAAUCGAGAUCUCCUUUGGAGCCAGCGAGGAGCUGAUCACGGCCGGCAUAUCCCUCUUUGUGCUCGGCUUCGCCUUGGGCCCUCUACUCUGGGCUCCUUUGUCGGAAAUCUACGGUCGACAGAUCAUCUUUUUCAUCAGCUUCGGCGCCUUCACCGCCUUCAACGGCGGGUGCACCGGUGCCAGCAACAUCGGAACAUUACUCGUGCUACGUUUCUUCGCCGGCGCCUGUGGAUCGUCACCAUUGACCAACGCCGGAGGAGUCAUUGCGGAUGUCUUUACAGCAUCUCAGAGAGGACUGGCCAUGGGAAUCUUCUCGCUCGCCCCGAGUAUGGGUCCGACGUUGGGUCCUUUCUGCGCCGGCUUUCUUGGAGAAACCCAAGGUUGGAAAUGGGUCAUGGGCCUGUUGACCAUCUUCUCCGGUGUCCUCUGGAUUGCGGGCUCUAUGCUUGUGCCUGAAACAUACGCGCCCGUCAUCCUCCGAAAACGUGUCGACCACCUAAAUAAAAUGACCGGCAAGGUGUACACGUUGGAGGCAGACAAGGAAAAAGGCCGGCCGUCACUGAGAGCUCUGUUGCCCACUGCCCUGAUCCGCCCGUGGAUUCUGCUGUUCAUGGAACCAAUCGUCUUGUUGCUCUCUUUGUACAUUGCCAUCAUUUAUGGCACGCUAUAUCUCCUGUUCGGCGCCUAUCCGAUCGUUUUCCAGCAGCACCGUGGCUGGUCCGAGGGCAUUGGAGGCCUCCCGUUCCUGGGCGUGGCCGUCGGCAUGGUUGGUGGGAUCGUGUUUUCCGGCUACACAAACAAGUGGUACAUGAAAGCGGCCGAGAAGAACGGCGGCGUCGCGCCUCCCGAAGCUCGCCUCCCGGCCUCCUUCUACGGGGCCCCGGCCAUCCCCAUCGGACUGUUCUGGUUUGCCUGGACGAACUACACGUCGAUCCACUGGAUCUCGCCGGUUCUGGCGGGAGUUCCGUUCGGCUUCGGCAUGGUGGUCGUCUUCCUCGGCGUCACCAACUAUCUGAUUGACUCGUACACGAUUUUCGCUGCGUCCGUGCUGGCGGCGAACACGGUGCUUCGGUCUUGCUUUGGCGCCGCGUUUCCGCUGUUCACCAGGGACAUGUUCAACAGACUGGGGCUCCACUGGGGCGCGUCGAUCCCGGCCUUCCUGGCCCUGGCCUGCGUCCCUUUCCCCUACGUCUUCUACCAUUACGGCGCGCAGAUCCGCGCUCGCUGCGUCUACGCCGCCCGCGCCGAAGCCGCCAUGAACGAACUGCGUGCAAAGGCCGCCGCCCGAGCCGCCGAGGAGGAAGGCGGCCCAACCGACGUUGCAACGACGCCCGAGUCCCCCUCCGACGAGAGCGACGUCGAGAAGCAGGAAGAAGAGGCCGGUGCAGGACCGCGCUUCGAGCCCAUCAGACCCACCAGGACAAACGCAUCGGCUGAUCGCCUGUCCCUGACGACCUCCAUCACCAGGAAGAAGUCGCGUGCCGGCAGUAUCAGCGAGGCCGCCGACUACAACUUCAGCCCGUACGAUAUCGAUCGUGUCAACACGGCCCAGUCCAUCACCGGUUUGGACAUGACCCGAUCGAGAUCGAGGUCGAGAUCGAGCAUGGAGCGGACAAGGACGCAUCGUUCCUUCGAGCGGUGA